AUAAUUUGGGCGUUGUGAUGGUUCGUUGUACACGCAUUGUCGGUGGAGGUACGUCAUCCAUGAAAUCAAAUUCCAAAUUUUUACUGGCUCUGCAAUUCGAUUGACAGUAUUUUAUAUUAAUUAUGGAGAAUUACCAUCAAUUUUCAACUAAUUUUAUUACUAAGACAUCUUUUUCAAGCUUCAAUCAUUGAAAAAUAACUUACUGUACUGCGUUGGCGUUCUUCUUAACAUCGGUAUCAGCAACUUGUACUGGAGUUGGUGGCCGCCUUCCGGGACAUUGCCAAUCUAGGUUGAGUGUUUCACCUUUAUUGAGUCUAUGAUACAUCUUAUCCAGUUCGUCUGGUGUUGGUUCGAAUUCCUCAUGGUCCGGCACACAUGAAAUACUCCAAUUUUCGGUUGAUACCAUUUUUAACCACAAAACUUUGAGAUUAUUGCUUAUUUACUACUUGAGUUUCUAGUAGAAGCAAUUUAUGUUGUAAACACACAUGAAGUUGGUUCGGAGCAAAUGUCAGAAAAAAUGUGUCAUUCGGACUAAAGAUGUCGCCGCAACCUUUGUUUCUUCGAAACAUCGAAAAUAACACUUCUGAAUAAAUAACAAAUAGUUAAAGUUUAAACGUUCCAGUAAUUUGUCGGCGAGGAAACCAAUUUUCCUUUGUUUCUACAACAUUUUUUUUGGUCAGCGUUUCAAACGAUUCAUUUCAAUGAACUAUAGGCAGCUGCAUGCAUAACCGAAUGUGACACUUGAAUUGAGAGAUUGUGAAAGCAUAAACCAAUCUGUCAAACACAAACGUACACACUGUGUAUCUGGUAAACGACAAUUUAGUUCAAAUAAGUUGAUUCAACGAGUUAAACACGAUUUCAAGCCAGAAAACUAUAAUUUCUUUUGAUCAGCAAAGAUGAGCGGUGGUAUUUGCCAUUUGUGCUUCGAAGGAAGUGAGCACAUGAAACGUGAUUUUCAACAGAAUCUACAAAAUUCCGAAAUCCAAGAGUUCAUCGAGUUAUUUUGUCAAUUUAUGUUCAAUGACAGUGCAAGCACACUGGAUGAAUUAUGCAUGCAAUGUUGGGGAAAACUGGACGAUUUUGGUCAAUUUUGCGAGAAAAUCCGUGGCAUACAUGGCAAUCUGGUUGAAGUUACAUGUGCGACAGGCAUCAAUAAAUUGGAUGAAGGUGCCGACAUUUUGGAGGAUGAAAUUGAAGAACACAUAUCAACGGAAGAAACAAACAUACAAUUGCCAAUGCUUGCGAUCGAAUCAGAUUUGGGCGAUGAUGGAGAUCCAUUGGCCCGACGAUUGAUGAUGACCCCAAAAGUAAUCAAAAAUCUGGAGGAACAGCUGCACUUUGAGGCAAAGGUCAUUUACUUAUCGGAUAUGAAUUUUGAUCGAAUCUCACGAUUCCUAACACAGGAGUGUGGCAUAUGCAAAGAGCCAUUUGAGUCAUUUGACGAUUGCAACGAACACUACCUUACAGCACAUGGUCGGUCAGCGUUUUGGAAUUGCUGUAAUUUGUUGCUAGAGACGCCCUACGAUCUUCUCGAUCACAUUAAAUAUCAUGAAAGUAUCGAUGUUUUCAAGUGUGCAGCGUGUUCAAAAUGUUUUUUGAAUUCAAACAAACUAAAGUAUCAUAUUCGUCGAUCGCAUCUCCCGACAGAUGGCCCAUUCGAUUGUAGCAUUUGUGACAAAGAAUGCAGAAGUUUACGGCUGUUGAUGAACCAUCACAAGAAUCAUAUUCGAAUUGAUUGUCCGCACUGCAAAAAACACAUAUCGGCUGCCAAUUAUGAUCAGCACGUACGAACGGCACACGCCAGUCAAUUACCAAAAAAGCGAAAAAUUAAAAAGGGAAAUGAAACAGUCUAUAAGAAACAAAGGGACGACGACAAGAAAGAGCCGAGCGGAUCAAAUAAACGUUUAGUUCAAAAAGAUGCUCCAGGAAGAAGUUUAACAAUAAGCAUUGAGCCAAAUGACAAUGGAAUGUACGAGUGUGACAUUUGCAAUAUGCAAUUCAGGCAAAUCUCGCUAUUAUUCAGCCAUCGCAAUAAAGUGCAUGUUUGACGAUAAUCUCAGAUCAUUUUAGAAAAAAGUCGAAUAAGCCAUUUCUAUAUCAUUUUAUCUGUCUUCUUUAUUUAAAUCAUAAAUUGAAUUCUCAUGUUCAUAGUUUUUCAUAUUUAGACAUUUUAUUAUUAUUUCUGUUUCCUCUGUAGCAGAUAAUUUUUAUUCUAAUUCAAUGUAUACUUAAUUGUAAUUUGCCAUGCAUAAGAAAUAAAAAAAAGAGAAACAUUUUUUCUAGAAA